AUGAGCUCUGAGCCUGCCGCGGCCACCACAUCCAGAGGAUAUACAAAGAUAAAGGACAUUGGAUCAGGCAGCUAUGGCAAAGCGGUUCUUGUACAGGAUAAAGAAAGCAAGCUCUAUGUGAUGAAGAUCAUCGACAUGAGCCGGAUGGACCCCAAGCAGCGAAAGGACGCCAUCAACGAGGUGCGGGUGCUGUCGUCUUUGAAGCACCCAUACAUUGUGUCCUACAGAGAAAGCUACAUGUCCGAAGGCCGAAACUUGGCCAUAGUCAUGGACUAUGCGGACGGUGGGGACCUCCAUCAACGAAUACAGCGCACACGGCAAGCCGGCAAGGUCUUCUCCGAGGAAAGGAUUGUCAGGUGGCUGACAGAAGCGGCGCUGGCGCUCAAGUACUUGCAUGACAAGCAUGUGCUGCACAGGGACUUGAAAAGCCAGAACCUCUUCUUGACGGCUCAGGACCGUUUGCGAAUAGGAGACUUUGGGAUUUCCAGAGUGUUGGAAAGCACGUGUGCCUUCGCAAAGACAACGAUCGGCACCCCAUACUACCUGAGUCCAGAGAUCUGUCUGGAAAAGCCUUACACCUUCAGCAGCGACAUCUGGGCGUUGGGCUGCGUGCUGUAUGAGCUCGCUUGUCUCAGGGUUCCCUUCGAUGCAACGAGUCUGCAAUCGCUCGUUCAAAAGAUAACGCGAGGACCAACACCGGUUCUGCCGAAUUCAUACUCGCAUGAUUUGAGGCAGCUCUGCGGUGAUCUGCUUCAUCGUGAACAAACUCAGAGGCCGAGCGCCCAGGAGAUCCUGCAGCGGCCCUUGAUCCAGUACGAGAUUCGGAGAAUGCUCCGCGAGGAGCAGGCCAAAGGAACACGGGCGCAGCCCGAGGCUGGCGGACCUGGCAUGGAGAUGAAGAAGUCGCCGAGCAUUCAGAGCGAGGCAAGACGGGAGCAUGCUGACAGCAAUGACGAGGGAGGCUUGUCGUCUCGACAUUGGCAAAAUCCUGCACUGAAGGGUGUCGGUGCAAGCGUUUGUAUGGAGGGCGCUCACAUGCGAGAUCCUUCUCCCUCCAGGCAGAUGCCUGGCUUGCCUCGGCAGUGGGGCGAUGUUUCCGUCGCCGGAGCGCCACGCCAUGCCACGCCGGGACUCAAAGGACGACGGUGA